ACUUUGCCGAAACAGGGUUUAGGGAGGCUCUGAAGGGAACUACUUUUUCACUGUGAAAGGGCUCUAGAUCACGUUACAGCGGCGGAAGGAAACGACACGAAUCAAUCCACCGCGAUUUAAAUGAAUUGUAAAGUUAGUGAGAGAAGUCAUACAGUGCGGGCUGCACCAACGUCCGCUUCUCCUGUACGGAUCUUAUAGAUAGGUGAAGCCUUUUCAGCCCUACUGCUCAGAGUGAUGAACAUUUAGCUGCAGUCAAACAUGUCCAAGUACCUGAAGCAUUUUACUUCUGUUGGUGACGACCACAAGGACAAACAGUGGAAAAUUGAUGAGGAGAAGCAGGAGGAAGAAAAGCCGCAAAAGACACCCCAUCCCUUUACCUCUUCAUACAGCUUCAGAGAUGCUCUAAAGUGGCUCUUCGGUUGCCAUAAGUUCCAGAUUGUUAUUGUAUGCCUGGUUAUUCUGGAUGCCUUAUUUGUUCUCAUUGAAAUCCUUUUGGACUUGGAACUAUUAGCUGAAAAAGUAGACCACAUUAUACCAGAGAUAUUCCAUUAUUUGAGCAUUUCCGUCUUGUCCUUCUUUCUGGUGGAACUUGUUGGUAAACUUUAUGCCUUUCGUCUGGAAUUUUUUCACCACAAGUUUGAAGUGUUUGAUGCAGUUAUUGUCAUAAUAUCAUUUAUCAUCGAUGUUGUCUAUAUAACCCGGGAAGAUGUCUUCAGUGCUGUGGGACUGUUAAUCUUACUCAGGCUUUGGAGAGUGGCCAGAAUUGUGAAUGGUGUGAUUUUGUCUGUGAAGAGCCGAGCAGAAGAAAAGAUCCACAAGUUAAAGGAGAAACAGGAGACCUUACUUGCCAGAGUCUCCGAACUGGAGCAACAAUGUACCCAACAGGAGCAAGAGAUAUCAAGACUCCAAACACUAUUACAGCACAACAACAUAUUUCCAGAGCCUUACAACCCAAACACAGCUUGAAGAUAGCAAGUUAUUUUCAUCGCAUAUAUCCAUCUUGGAAUAUUUUUAUAUAUGAUGUUGGGUAAAAAUGCAAAGAAACUUACAAAUUGUUUGUUUGUUGUUUUUUUUUCUAAAUGUUUAAUCUCAAUAUAAAACAUGUACAUUUUAAAUGUGAUUUUUGCACACACAGAAUUAUGAAGUACUAAAAAAAAUACUUAAUGUAUUAUAAUUAUUGGACCAUAAUAAAGUAUGAUGGACCAGCCACCAAAUGAAAGCUUCAAGUAGUCGUCUCA